UUCGUAAUUUCGCACGGGCGGGAGGGGCCUCAUCGGAAAAAGAAGGAGAGGUUUGGUUGCCGGCGGCGAGGGGGCGAGGCGAGAUGGCGCCGCCGACGCAGAGGGAGAAGCCCGCCUCGUCGUCGUCUUCGUCGGCGGAUGCGGCGGCGGGGGUGGGGGUGGGUCCCUCGGCUUCGUAUUCUUCGGUACCUCAGGCGGGCGCGGGGGUGGGGGCGGCGGCGGUGGGUGGGGAGCGGUGGGGUGCGGCGAUCGGGAACCUGACGGAGCUGGGCGCGAACGUGGAGGCGCUGCAGAAGCUGAUGGCGAAGAAGGCCGUGUUCGUCGACGAGGACAUCUUCUCCAAGGCAUCCCUCGCCGCCGACCAGGCCCGCACCAUCAAGAUUCUUGACCAGAGGGUGCAGUCCCUGGAACGUGAACUAGACGCUGCCAUUUCUGCUGCUGCCCGGGCUCGUACAGAGAAACGCCAGGCCGAAGCUGCUCAACGAGCUGCAGAGUUACGCGCACAGGAAGUAACCAAAGAAUUGGAGAACACUGCAAAAGUGUUCAAGCUACACAUGGAAGAGCUGCGGGCAAAGCAAGAGGAGAUUGCAAAGAAAGAGAGUGAUAUCAAGGUGUUAGAAGCAAUUAUUCGAACCCUGAGUAACAAAGAUGAUGGGGGGUCCAGCGAUUAAUUUCCAUUGAGGAGCAUUAUUUUUCCAAUGGAAUUUACAUGUUCAAGUGUCACCCAUGUAUGUAACAGAUUAACAGAUAAUUGUAAAUUUUCUCAACAAGAUUGAAGAUGAACUUUACGCUAAUAUGUUUGACUGUUCAUCUGCCACUGCCCAGCCCUACUCCACCUAACUUGCUGCUGCAAGGUCUACUGACAUGUGGAAACAGAGAACUGGUAUUUUAUAUUACUAUGCAACAGCUACUAGCAAUCGUCAAGGAGAAGUUGGUGGUUUGUUCUUUUCCUAUCGAGAUUGGAUAUUUUCUAGUUUAUUCACAUCAAGUUGUGGCAUACUUAUCCUUGUAACUCACAAUUUGCUCCCUCUGUGGGUCGUUGUUAUGCUUAGGGGAUACCCAACGAUUAUUGUGCUUGAGAAGGAGC